UUUUUCCAAAUUCCCGAUGAACAAUCCGGCCGAACGCAUCAAUUCAACGCAGAGAGAAAAGUAAACCAAACCCUAACCCUAACCCUAACCAAAACCAUCAGGUUUCGAGGCUCAUAAGUUUACAGUCCUCGAGUUUCCGUGAAAUUGUGACAUUUCAAUGGAUAAUUCACACGAUGUUUGCGAUCACGUCGAUAGAGAUAAUAACAGUACGUGUUCAACGUCCACAAGUUCCGGUUACCGGUUGUUUGAUCGCCAGACCACAAUUCAUCAGUUAAUGGGCGGAGGAAAAGCUGCUGAUGUCCUGUUGUGGAAGAGGCAACGUAUUUCAUUGGGCAUCAUUGUUGUUGCAACUGUUGCGUGGCUGAUAUUUGAGAGAUCAGGGGUAUCAUUUUUAACACUUUGUUCUGAUGUUCUGCUGUUCUUGAUCGUGCUGCGUUUUCUACAUGCCAAUUAUGCGUCCUUAAGGGAUAAACAGAUUCAAACAUUGCCUGAACUGGUCUUGUCUGAGGAGAUGGUGAAUUAUGCUGCUGCGUCUUUUCGUAUUAAAGUAAACUAUUUGUUACUUUUGGCGCAUGAUAUCACCCUUGGCAAGGAUUUCAGGCUGUUUUUCAUGGUUGUGGGAUUUCUGUGGCUGUUAUCUGUUCUUGGUAGUUUAGUCUCUUUCUGCACGCUUGCAUAUAUAGGAACGAUUUUGUCGGUGACACUACCUGCACUGUACAAUACAUAUGAAGAACAAGUAGAUGGGUUUGCAGGUACGAUCCACAGAAGCUUUUCAAGACAUUACAAGAUAGUUGAUGAGAGUGUGAUGAACAGAAUCCCCCGCAAUGUUGUACCCAAGGACAAACCCAUGUAAACGACACUGUAUCUUACUUGCUUCCAUCCUAAAUAUGAUAUGGGUGGAACUAGCAUUGACCUUUGUCUUUAUUGAUUUGUUAAUGAACCAUUGACGAUAAAGAAAAAUUAGGAAUAGAGAUUUUAAUUUUUUUAGUUCA